AUGUCCUUUAACAUUGAAUUACAUGAUUCUACAUUUGAAUCCGUAGAUUCAUUUUUUACAUUAGAAAGCGAAGCAAGUGAAGCAAUACAGUCACCAGAAAUAAUACCCGAAGAAAAUUCUCAAUGCAACUUAGCUGAAAAAGUUAACAAAGGUCAAGUUUGGAAUUAUUUUACAACCCCUGCUGUUUCGUCCGAUGGAAAAACUCGUAAAACAAAGUGUAAACUUCCAGGAUGUGUUAAGGAAUAUAAAUAUAGUGGCUCACCUUCAAAUUUAAGAUAUCAUUUGAGACAAGAUCAUGAUAUUAUCGUAAACGCAAUUUCAAAAAGACAAGCCCAGAGUCAUACCAUAGGUCACAAAAGAUCUAAAAAAACAAACCCACCUAGAAAAAAUGAUUUCUCACUUACUGUGGAUUCAGAUCUUUAUCAAUUCAUUAAAUCAAAAAAUUCUCAAUGUCACACCUCUGAAUUUACCGAUUCACAAAUAAUACACUUUUACGAUCAAUUGUUUCCUAAAUUAAAAAAUCUACUCCGUGAUAUUGAAUCCGUCGCAUUAUCAAUUGAUUCUUUUGAAAUUGAUAGUUGUGAUUAUACGAAGAUAACUUGUCAUUGGCUUUCUGAUGAUUUUCAACUUCAUGAAAUUCUUCUGGGUAUUAUUUCAAUCCCGGAGCAUAUUGAUAAAGAUGCUAUUUUCAAAAGCAUUAAAGGAGUUUUGAAUGUAUGGGAGAUAAACGAUAAAGUCAAAUCGAUAACCAAAGAAGAUGUUAUAAAUUAUAAAUUAUUAGAAGCAAUUAAUAACUUUGAAGAUAUUAUACAUGUGAAUUGUACUUAUAUUUUAAAAAUUUAUUUGGCGAUCAUUUUUGAUAGAGAACUCAAAAUUUUUGAUAGCUUACUCGAAAUUUUUGAUGAGCAUCAUAAAAAAUUAUUAGAAAAAGAAAUAGAUUAUAUUAUGGAAGAAGCAAAGAAAAUCAUUAUUAAUGCAGAAAAUUCUACAGAGCUGAUCACUUAUCUAAUUAGGCAUGAGCAAGAAUUUCUUAAAGAAGCACUUCGAGGAAAUCGAAAUAAUAACAUUGAACAUCUGCUAAAGUACAUUAAUGACGAACUAAUAUUCAUAUUUUAUGCAUUAGAAUAUAUAGUAAUAUUAGAAACCCCGAUUCGGCAAUGGAUCACUAUAUUAGUCAAUAGCCCCGAAACUAUAUCUAAAGGAAACUGGAUAAGUAGUUUAAUGCCAGAUACUACAGUGAUCAGAUUCUUCAAUAAUUUGAAUCUAUGUUUUACAUUUUUAAGAAAUGCUAUGCGAAAGCUUGAUGAUGCUAAGCAUACGCUUUAUACUUUUGCGAUUGAAUUUUCACGUUUAGAUGAAUAUAUAAGGAAAUUUGAACAAAAAUUUGAAGAACAUAUUAAACAAAAUCAACUAGUCAUAGACGAGAUCUUUACUAAAUUAUUUAUUGAUCAUACGCACUACUUUUUAGACAUUUGUUUUGGUCAUAUACAAUGUAAAAUCGCAUUUUUUGAUCCGUAUACAAAAAAUGCGCUAAAAUAUAAAUAUGAAAUGGACGAAGCCCGUCAAGACAUUGAGUCAGAAUAUUUAGAAUUAUGUGCAAGAACACAAAACACAUCAUCAAAUUCUGGAUUGGCGACGAGUUCUAAGCACCUUGGAAAUUUAGGAGAUUAUGAAUUUGAAAGAUAUAAUAUAUUGUCACUAUAUAGUCAAAAUGAACGCAUUGAUCCUAUUGAGUGGUGGCGUAUACAUAAGGAUGAAUUACCUGUUAUGGCCAAACUUGCACAAAAAUAUUUAGCCAUUCCCUUAGACGAUACGAAUUUUUGA